AUGACAGCUUCGAUCAAACUCCUACAACGAUUCCAGGCAGUCAAUGGACUAAGCCACUUCAAUGCGGGCGUCCACCUGCUCGCUCUCCUCUUGAGCUCCCCCGCCCCCACUUCCCACGGCGGAAUCCGGACAUCCCGCUACGAGGUGGGACGUCCAGCCUUCCUACUUGUCGUUACUUGGGGCAGAUAUGCAGAUGCUGAGCGUUGUCUUCGCCUGCUCUGCGCCUGCUCCGCGGGGCCCGGCGAGCUGAGGAGACGUCUCUUGGGCUUCCCUAGUCUCCAGGUCACGAUGGGAUUCGGCCUUGGCAUGGAAUUGGCCAUCCUGCCUAUCUACGUCUCUUUCCUGGUACUGCAAGACUACCAUCCUCAACAACCAUAUCGCAUACGGCCUCCCACAUCGCUUCGACUGUCCCCCCUCCCUUUCGAGAUGGGGGCCAUAUCGAACUCGGUCCAGUUCAUCGAAACUCUGCCGCCUACCGUCCGAUCCGAGUUCAGCGAGGGCUACAGCGCACAGCUUCGCGCCGUCCUGUACAUCAGCGCAGUCGCCCUCAUCUCCAUGACGCUGGCGUGGGACAUAAACCUUAAACGAGCUCGUGACAUGGCGGGGUAUUAG